GCGCAUAAGAAGAGAGAUUGUGAAGGGUUGGAAACUUAAAUAAGAAAUGGUGUGAAGAAAGAGAGGGAGAGGGAGAGAUGGAAAAUGAAGUGGAGAUGGGUGGGCCAGAGUCCCACGAUGAACAUCAAAUUGAGGAUUUGAAUCAACGGUUGGAACAGAUGAUGGAGGAGAAACCCAAGGCCCACAAUGACAUGCCUUCUGUACAAGAUCCUGCUGCUGCUGCUGCAGCUGCCGCACAGGCAAGCAGGGAGGAGGUAGAUUCUCGAUCAGUGUUUGUUGGUAAUGUGGAUUAUUCUUGUACCCCUGAAGAAGUGCAGCAGCAUUUCCAGGCAUGCGGGACAGUGAAUAGAGUCACUAUCCGAUCCAACAAGUAUGGCCAGCCAAAAGGUUAUGCUUAUGUUGAAUUUCUUGAAACAGAGGCUGUUCAAGAGGCACUCCUCCUGAAUGAAUCUGAGCUACACGGCCGCCAGUUGAAGGUAUCAGCAAAGCGAACCAACGUCCCUGGGUUGAAGCAGUUUCGUCCACGACGAGUAGGCUUCCGCUCAAGGAGCACACAUAUGCCUCCUUAUCUCUGCCCCUAUGGAUACGGGUAUGUUUCUCUUAUCCUUCCCACUUUGAUUAUCAAUCAAAGACGACACUUCCACCGGUAUUUUUCUUGGCUCACCUGUAAAACCCAGAUGGUUAAGACUAUUAUGGAUUACUCUACCAUUUCAGGAAGGUUCCCAGGUUCAGGAUGCCCAUGCGGUACAACCCGUACUACUGAAGCUUCAGUUUUGGUCAUUAAGUUUGAUUAGUAGAUGAUAAAUGGAAUGGAUGUAUCCGAAAAAUCUCCUCUCCAUCCACCUUUCUUCAUCUGGAUGAUCAUCGUUUGGGGGAGACCAGUUUGAAGGAUAUUUCUGGUUAGGCUGAAUUAAACUUUGAGAUCUGGGUAUGUAGUUGAGAUUGAUGGUGAAACAGUGUAGUUAUGUUGCAUUCUAAUCUACCUUUUUGUUUGAUGCUUCCUUUGAAGCGUUCCCUUUGUACAAAUGACUCUAUUGUGGGGAAAGCAGCUUCCUUUUUA